AUGAAUCGUUUCAAACUCAAUCAGCUUAUUGGUGCCGGAACUUAUGGAAGUGUGGUGAGAGCAGUGAAUAAGGAAACAGGAGAGGUGGUGGCCAUCAAGAAAAUAAAACGAACGUAUUCGAGUUGGGAAGAAUGUAUCAAACUCAAAGAAGUACAGACCCUCCGAAAAUUAAAUCAUCCAAAUAUUAUCAAACUCAAAGAAGUCAUUCGUGAAAAUCAAGAAUUAUAUUUUGUGUUUGAGUUUAUGGAAGCCAAUUUAUAUCAAGUCAUGAAGGAUCGCGACAAACUCUUCUCGGAAUCCAAGAUUAGGAAUAUUAUUUAUCAGGUCCUUCAAGGUCUUGCGUACAUGCACAAGAGUGGAUACUUUCAUCGUGACAUGAAACCAGAGAAUUUGCUCGUUCAUAGAGAUACGGUAAAAAUUGCAGAUUUUGGAUUGGCGAAAGAAACUAGGUCACGACCUCCCUUCACUGAAUAUGUCUCUACAAGGUGGUAUCGUGCACCAGAGGUUUUGAUGAAGUCACAAAAUUACAAUUCACCGAUUGAUCUAUGGGCUGUGGGUGUCAUUAUGGCCGAGUUGUACACGUUUCGGCCUCUCUUUCCAGGACGAAGUGAGCCAGAUGAAAUUUUCAAAAUUUGCUCUGUGUUGGGGACUCCAACUCGGGAGACCUGGGAGGAAGGCUUAAAACUAGCUGCCAGUAUGGGAAUGAAAUUUCCUCAAUUUGUUCCAACCCCGUUAGAAAAUAUCAUUCAAAACGCCAGUCAUGAAGCUAUUCAACUCAUGACAGAUUUAUUGAAAUUUGACCCAAUGAAGAGACCCACUGCAAGCCAAGCCUUGCAAUAUCCGUUUUUCCAAGUUGGUAUUUCAGUUCCAAUUCCUCUCAAGUACAAUAUUAAUAGUCGAGUACAAUCAGGUGUGACACGAAAUAAUAAUAAUGAAAACCAAAACAAUGCAAUCACACAAAGUAGCAGUAAUAAUAACAACAAUAAUGGUGAUGAGGUUCUUCCAUUAUCAAGUAUGAAUAAUUUUGGAAACAACAAGAAACCAGUCAUGAAUGUACAGUAUCAAGGCGUAAAGUCUUAUCCUCCUUACGCCAAUCAACAAGGUGGGCUAGCUCACCAUCCUCAACCACAACCAAUAGUUCCCUUUCCAAAUUACAGUACACGAUCUCCAAACUCUAAUAGCUCUUCUUCAGCAGCAACCUCCAAUGGAAAUAAGUUAUUUUCUUACUCGCGAUACAAACCAGGUGUUCAGUCGAGUGUAGAUAAGUCACAAGUGACCUCACGAGAUGGACGAGGGUCCUCCCGUGGUGGAAGCGGUCUUUCUCGAAAACGUCUCCAACCGAGAAGGGUUGAAAAUCAGCCAAGUCAUUAUUCGAGCAAUUCUACACAACAAACUCCACCCUCAUCCUUGUAUGACUUUUCCAGAAAAUAA